UAUUGUUGACGCAAGCGUAUUUUAAUUCUUUCUAUACACCCUUUUUGUUGUUUACACGUUACCACGGAAACAAUUUGGCUGAGUUGUUGAAUGUAUAACAUUAUAAUACUAAGUUUAUAGGCAAUUUUUUUUUUUUUUUUAUGAAAACCAGUGAUCAAUAAAAAAAAAUAUGUUCAGAUUUUCAAAAUGUAUAGUCAAGGGAAAAGAAAUGAUUUUUUUAAUUCUACUUACCACAUUUGUCAUCACAUUAUCGUCAUCGAUUCAUUGUAGUUCUCAUCCUUGUGUGAAUGGAAUCUGUUUAGAUGAAAGCAACAGCUCGUACUCGUGUUACUGUAUUGAUGGUUACACUGGACUCAAUUGUGAAAUUAAUUUUGAUGACUGUUGGUCCAAUCCUUGUUUAAAUGGUGCCAUAUGUAUUGAUGCUGUCGCAGCUUACAAUUGUUCUUGUACUGAAGGCUUCAUUGGUUUUAAUUGUGAGCAAAAAUACAGUGAAUGUUUAAAUCAACCUUGUCUCAACAAUGGAACUUGUAUAGAUUACAAUGGAAUAAUGUGCCAAUGUCCUGAAGGAUAUUCAGGUGAAUUUUGUGAAAUUGAUGUUUCCGUCUGUAAUGAUACAAUUUGCAAAAAUUCCGGCGAAUGUGUCGAAGGUCCAGGAUCGACAUUUUCUUGUCGAUGUUCAGAAGGAUGGACGGGAUCAUUUUGUGAAGAGGAUAUAAAUGAAUGUCUUGGUUCACCUUGUCAAAAUGGAGGACUUUGUAUAAAUAUUCCCGCUUCUUACACCUGUGCUUGUUUAUUUGGUUUUACAGGCAAAGACUGUGACAAAGUAAUAAUUCUCUGCGAUCCAAAUCCAUGUAAAAAUAAUGCAAUUUGUCUAUUUGAAGAUUUUCAACCAAUUUGUUAUUGUGUUCCCGAUUAUCAUGGUGUAUUGUGUGAAUUAAAAUAUGAUGAUUGUGCAGCAAAAUUUGCCAAAUGUGAAAAUGGAGGAACAUGUAUCGAUGGAAUUAAUUCAUUUACAUGUUCAUGUCCAGUGCAAUAUGCCGGUGAAAUGUGUACAAAAUAUAUUGGUUUCAAUAUUUCGACAAUUGAUUAUCCAAAAUUACCUGCAACAACAAUUAAUCCAAUUGAAACAAUUACAAGUGUAACAUUAACACAAGAAAAUAUUAUUACAUCAUCGUCAAUUUUUACUGAUUUCAAUUUUACUACUACUACUGAUAGUUCCCAGCCAAUUUCAACAGUAAAAAGUCUCAUUGAUAUUUCAAAAAUAAAUUUUAAUUUCACAAUGGACAUAGAUCAAGUGACACCGAGACAAAAUAUCACGGAGACAGAUAUUUUUGGUAAUUUUUCUCAACAAACAACAACAACGGAAAUUUAUGGAAAAAGUUUUAAUGGAAAUACAAUUUUUAUUGAAGAAACAACAAAUUCUUUAUUUGAGACAAUGCCAACAACAACGAUUUCUUCCAAUUUUUCAAUUUUAACGACUGAUCAGAAGAAUUUAUUAGAAACGACUUCCAUUGAUGAAGGAAUGUCAACAACUGCGAUUGAUGAUAAAAUAUCUGUUUUAACAACAACAACAACAAUGUCAGUUACUCCAUUCACUGAAUCGAAUAUUUUAACAAGUGAAUUUUCGACAAUAAUCAACAAUUCAUUAAUUACGGAAUCAUUUUCAAAACCAAGUUUCACAACUGUUCAAAGUAUUUUCCCAUCAACGGAUGGACAUUUGUUUGCCUGUAAUAUUCAACAGUGUGCCAAUAUAAGUCUUUGUUUAUUUAAUUUUACAAAGUGUGACUGCAGUUAUGAAAACAAUUGUAAAUUGACAUCGAGUAUAAAAAAUGCGGCAUUUAAUGGAAAAUCUUAUAUAAGACAACAAGUACCAUUUGAAAAAAAUGAUACAUUUCAUAUUUCAUUGACAAUCAGAACAAAAGCCAAAAGUGGAAUAAUAAUUCAUUCCUAUUUUGAUGAUGAAAGAUUUAUUUUAUUAUAUGUUGAAAUGGGACAAUUGAAAUUUCAAUUUUCGUGCGGUCUUCAAACAAUGCUUUUUGGAGAAAUUGAUUCACCGAUAAAUAGUGGUUUUAAUGUUAAUAUUGAAAUGAGAUUUAAUUAUAUAGUUGAAGAAAAAACGGAUAAAUGUUCAGCGACAUUAUUAUUAAAUGAUACAAUGGCAAUGAGUGGAGAACAAGUUUUGCCAUCACACGAAAUUGUUCCACAAAAUGCAAGACUUCAUUUAGGUGGCAUACCAAUUGCAUUUACUUAUAAUUUACCGGAAAUUGCAUUAGGAUUUAUUGGCUGUAUGAGUUCACUGAGGAUAAAUGAAAUUGAGAGGAAUUUCGCUAUAGAUUCAAUAGAAAUAUAUCAAGUGGAAGAAUGUACAUCAUUUUUGUGUUUAUCAAAUCCUUGCAGUAAUUCUGGUGUCUGUGAGGAAACAAACGGGACAAUUCGUUGCAAAUGUCCACUAGGUUAUUCAGGUGAUUUUUGUGAAAAAUCAGCAUGCGACAAUAAUCCAUGUCAUUUGGGCGCAACUUGCAUAACAUAUCCAGGAACAACAUUUCUUUGCAUUUGCCCACUUGGAAUGCAUGGACUUUAUUGCGAAGAAGAUUUUGCGAUAUUGCAACCAUCGUUUUCAAUAUUUACAUCAAGUUUAUCUUCCUAUAUGGCUUACGGUGUGCCUGCUGCUAUUAGAAAUGAAAUGGAAUUAAAAUUCAAUAUUUUACCUCACACUAUUGAGCAAAUUGCCCUCAUUUUAUAUUUAGGACAAUCAGGAACAAGAGCAGAGAUAACUGAUCAUUUUUCAGUAACUUUUGUUCGCGGUUAUAUAAUGUUAACAUGGGAUUUAGGUUCUGGCAUUCGAAGAAUAUUCACCGACAGACCAUUAAAUAUGAAAAGUCAAAAAGUUCAUAAUCUACGAGUUGGAAGAAAAGGAAGAGAAGCAUGGCUUUCAAUUGAAGGUAUUGGAAAUAUAACUGGUGAAACACCUGGCACACUAACAAGAUUAGACGUCUCACCGAUUCUUUACGUUGGAGGACACAAAUCGAAGAAUUUUGAAAAUCUUCCUCAUGAUUUGCCACUUCAUACGGGAUUUUCGGGUUGUAUAUACGAUAUUGAAUUACGCACAGAAGAUAAUGUCUUCCCAAUAACUAAAUCGAGUCCCGCGACUGGACGUGGUGUUGGCGAAUGUCAUCGUGUUGAAUGUUCACACAAUUCGUGUAAAAACGGUGCCGUUUGCUUAAAUCACGGACCAACGUACAGUUGCAUCUGUAUGAAAGACUGGGAAGGACCCGAUUGCUCGAUACCUUCAGUGAACUGUACUUCGCCAAAGUGUCAGUAACUCGAUAAAUAGCAAUUUUAAUACGUACAAAAUUAAAAAAGAAAAAAAAGCCAAUAUUUUAAAUCAACUAAGAAGAAAUUUGGUAAG